ACGUGUUCCAAGGUUUCAUACAGGGUCAAGACUUCGGACAGUUUGGACUGCAGAGGCUAGGUCUGAACAUGUCAGAGAGUCACAACUCGGCCCCUCCUCCUCAUGGCACCAACAGUAGUUCUGUUGCCAUAGCAAUCCUUGUGCCUUUUUUUGCCCUGAUAUUUGCAGGCUUCGGAUUUUACCUUUACAAACAGAGGACGACUCCCAAGACGCAGUACACGGGCUGCUCCGUGCAUGAGAACAACAACGGCCAGGCGGCGUUCGAGAACCCCAUGUACAACACCACCGCCAAGGCUGUGGAGGGCAAGGCCGUGCGCUUCGACCCCAACCUCAACACUGUCUGCACCAUGGUGUGAUGGUUUAACCCGACCUCCACCAUGGUGAAAUGGUUUAACCCAACCCCACACCUACUGCCCCCCUCCCGCCCCCAUCCAACACUGUCUACACAUGGUGUCAUGGUUAAUGACUAACGUGAUGCCGGCUAAAGGGAUGCUAGCUAACGCGAGGCUAGCUAAUGCAAGGCUAGCUAACAUGAUGCUAGCCGACACGAGGCUAGCUAACAUGAUAUUAACUAACAAGGGGCUAGCUAACAUGACGCUAGCUAACGUGAUGCCAGCUAAUGUGGCGAUAGCUAACAAGGGAGUAGCUAACGUGAUGCUAGCUAACAAGUUGUCUGAUGAAAUCCCCAUCCUGACCCCUUCUUGACCCCCUAACCCCUCAACUGCAGGAUUUUUUAAAUACAAACCAGACAGACAGACACUUCCUGUUCCAACCCAACAAUCAGACUCUAUUGGUGGACUCUCGUACAGAGGCAGAGCCUGUGGAGAUGGAGGCAGUAAGCCAGGGAGUGACUCUCUGAUGAUUAAAGCACAUUUUUCAGGAAGGCUGACUGACAGACAGACAGACAGACAGAUGGGGAGGAGGAGGAGGAAAAGGAGGAGGAAGAGGACUCUAAGAGAGUGAGGCCUCCUCCUUCACAGGUGACCCCCUGAAACCCCCUUCCCCCCCCCCUCCCCCCAGGUCUUGGCAGCGGCUCGAUGAUGCGUUUCCUCUGCUGGGUCGUCCUGCACUCUGAGAGUGCUUCUACUCUCCUGCCACCCCGGGGGGGCUUUUAUACCAUUAAAUACCGUUAACCGUCCCCCUUCCCUCCGCAGUGUGGCCCCGGGAGGUUCAUCAACUAUAUUUUUGUGCUAUUAUAUUAUCACUGGGAGCCGUUGCCAGGGGAGACGGAGAUUAUACGAAGAGUUUAUAAUAAAAUGUAUUUAAAAUAUAAAAAAGAACAAUAUGUUUCCAAUAAACACUGUUCACGUGUCCCACACACAGAGGUAUUUUUGGGUUCUCCUGGAAGCUCCUUCGAAGCGUUUGCAUUUGAUUUUUUGGUUUGUUUUUUUUAUGAGAAACUACGAUAUCGCUAUCUCAGCCCCACCCCAAGCUCCCUACGCGCACACACACACAGCGCACACACACGCAGGCAACACACACCACAUAUUGUCCUGAAGAGAGUGUUCCUCUGAGACAGUCACAGGAUAAACUGAAUCCAAUCUCUACACAUGAUCCUUCCUCUUUGCUCUCUCUCUUUCUGCACCCUUCUCUUUAUUUUCUCCUUGUCUCUCUCUCUCUCGUCUUUCUCUCUCCAUUCUCUAUAUUCCCAGUCACACCAGUCAGGUAUGGGGAUCCUAGAGUCUAACUUUUCGAUUUCUUAGACUGCUGUCGCUCUCUCUCUCUCACACACACACACACUCACACACACUCAGACACUCACUCACACAAACACCCGCACUCAGACACAAACUACGUUAGCAGAGUGAGCCUUUUUCAUUUCUGGUAAAUGAGUCUUCUGGUGUCCUCCUGUAAUCAGAGCUGAUGAACAGCUGAUGAAACCAGGGGCAACAUAGUGGAGGAUCUGUUUCAAAAGUGUCCUCUCGUCCUAUUGGGCAUUAGGAUCCUCAUCGCUGACAUCAUCACCAGCCUUUAAACCAAUGAGAUCAGAGUUUGUUCCCCUGUAUUUCCCCACACCUCACGCAUUGUCGUUAUUUUGCACAACAUUGUGUCUUUCGUAGUUGACACGGCACUCAUUCGUUUAUUUUUUUUACUUAGUAGUGUUUCGAGAUCCUCAGUUGUUGUUGUUGAUGUUGUUGAUGUUGUCGAUGUUGUCGUUGUUGUUGUUGUUGUGGCUCGUCCGGACACAGUGCCUACCAAAAACCACGUGACUCAACUCUGCUCCUCCUUUCCCCCGUCACACCACACCCCUCACCGCACACACACGCACACAUACAACCUCCUCCCACCGCACACACACACACUAAGCCCCACCACACACACCCCCCCCCCGUUCUCCAAAUCCUACUCUAAAAGGGCCAUGUGUUGGCUUUUUCGCUUUUCCUAUUAAUGACUGCAAUAAGAAACCCCAUAAUUCCAGAAGGAGUGCCCUUCUAAGCCCCCCUCUCUUAUCCCCAAUGCAUUGAAAAUAUCUACAGUAAAAACAAGAAAAAAACACGACAAAAAUAUGGAAAAACAACGUUUUUUUUGUAAAGAAAUAUAUUUUUAUGAAGAAAUUAUUUGUAAAAUGUAUGACUCUAUUAUGUAAAUUUUCAAUGCAAUGUAAGAUUAAAAAAGGCUAAUUGCUUUUGUAAAGUGUUGCCUGCUUGUCAUCUGUAGCUACUGUGUGUUAGAUGUGUGAUUGGGAGCUUCAUCACCUGCACACACACUCUGUCUCUCUCUCCCAGACACACACAUCUUAAUGCACUG